AUGUAUCACCUUGCUUCGCUUUCCAAUAACACAACACUAUUACCUAGUUUGAAAUUACCUCGCCUACGUUUUGUGUCAACCGGAAGUUGCAUACACCUACAGUACAGAAGCGAAGGUAUUCAUCUGAAAUUAUCAACCGCCGCACAGACAUUGACACGUCUUACAGAGAGCAGUGUAUGGAAGUCUGUUAAGGUCAACAUCAGACCAGAACCACAGAAUCUCAACUACGAGGUGCUUAUAGCCCCUAUACCAUCCUCCUCAACUUCAUUUGAUGUGACAAUUAAUUUCAUAAGUGUCCUAGAUAAAUUUUGCGAAGGGUGUUUUUCCUGUUUCACUGACGGAUUGUGCAUAGAGAGUUCAAAAUUUUGCGACUUGAAAAUAGAUUGUCCCGAUCUUUCAGACGAGAAAAACUGUGCUUUUGAAUGCUAUCAUAAGAACUAUUACGCUGGGUUUCGGAAAGAAACCAGUUCUCUUCAACAAUGCGCCAACAAUCGAUGUAUGUUUGGUCAGAGGUCAAGAGGAAUACCCGGAUGUCUCGCUGGAAAUAAAAACCAAUGGGCACCUUGCAAUGUUCCGGAAUGUGGAGAAUUGUUUGCUCUCUCUCAAAGAGUAUCGAAGAUUAAUGAAAGCUUGGAGGACAGAGCUGUUUUAUACAGUACAAUUCAGCCAGUAUCAACGGAAUUUGGUUGUAUUACAAUGAAGUACUCUGGUCACAAUGUAAAUUUUGACGUCUUCAUAACCAACGGAACGACUUUUGAUCCAGACGAACCAAUAUUCUAUCAUCAAAACGUACAGACAGACAAAUACAUCUCUACAAGCUUCCAGACUCCUACCGAUGUCCCAUAUAUGGUAAUUGUUAAUGUACGAUUUGAAUCCAGUUCAUCGAGCAUCAUACGACUUCUGAAUAUAAACCAUGAAACGGGAAUUUGUAAAGAUAGAGGACCGUGCAACACAUUUCAAUUCCAAUGCAAUGAUGGAAAUUGUAUAGAUAAUAUAAACGUUUGUGACAAUAUAAGUCAUUGUCCAGAGAUGGAGGAUGAAUUACUGUGCAAAUAUAAGAGUAAUGCUUGUUACUCCUGUCUCGAAACCCUUUACAAGUGUCCUUCUCACUGCACCUGUCAGAAGUUGGUAUUCAGAUGUGACUCACUGCAAAAUGUUUCAAAGGAGGCCAGAGCUCUAGAUCUCAGCUCAAGCAAUUUUGAUGUUCACCAUCUAAAUAAUUUCAGUUUUCUUGUACAUCUCAAUCUAUCUGCUUGCUUUAAAGGAAACAUUUCCCUUAAAAAUCUAGGAAGUCAAUUAGGGUCGAAAAGUCUACAAAGUUUAGAUAUUUCAUACAACAGUAUUCAUCAUAUAGAGACUAAUUUGUUUGAAGGAAUGCAAGAAUUACUGUACCUUAAUAUUUCAUACAAUUGCAUAAAACAAUUAGAACUGGAUUUUCUCACCGAAAUUCCAAAGUUAAGGCAUUUGAUUUCCAAAAAUAGUGAAAUAGAGAUUAUUCGUUUGAAACACAGUAAACACAAAUUUAGUGCAAGUCUAGAACGUAUAGAUUUCACAGGCAAUCGUAUUCUAAAAAUUGCACCAGGAUCAAUUUACUUCCUAAAUUAUCUGACUAAAUUGAUCUUAACCCAUAAUGUUAUUGCAAAUACAGAUAAUUAUUUUUCAGAUUCACAGAAGAUGCUUACCUAUCUUGAUCUGAACAAUAACUCUAUACACACAAUCACGAGCCAUAUGUUCGUUGGUUUAAGCAAGUUGAAGGAACUGAACGUAGAAAACAACGAAAUAGAAGUAUUAGACAAUUUCGCAUUUUCUACACUGAUAUCUCUUAGAAUAUUAAAUUUAGCCUUCAAUAAAAUUCACACAAUACGUAAACGGGCAAUGGAAAACUUAGUUUCACUAAUUCAUUUGAAUCUCACGGGCAAUCUAUUGUUAAAACUUCCGUCUGCAAGAUUUGUCUCUUUGAUAAAACUGCGAGUCCUAGAUUUGUCUAAAAAUGGUUUGAGAGAACUUGAUUAUAAUGCUUUUAAAAGAAUGGAAAAAGUUAAAUAUCUAUAUAUUCAAGAAAAUGAAUUAAUUAUAUCUAAAACAAUGUUUCAAGGCUUGUGCAACCUUGAAUGGCUAUGGACGGACUCUUACAUUAUUUGUUGUGCUAAGCCCAUGUCAGUCGAUACCUCAAAAUGCAUAUCCCCCCGUGACAGUAUUUCCUCCUGCGAACAGUUGAUCAGUACUGGGUUUCUGGCCCAGAUGAUCUGGUUUAUGGCGCUAUUUUCAUUUGUUGGGAAUCUUUAUGUUAUUUAUUACAGAAUAAGGAAUGUCAGCGGAAGAAAAUAUGUUUCACAGGAAAUGUUCAUAUUGAAUCUGAGUUUUUCCGACUUUUUAAUGGGAGUUUAUUUGUUUAUCAUUGCAAUAGCAGAUCUAACAUAUCGUAACGUAUAUGGAUUCAAUGACGAUCCAUGGAGAUCUAGUGCAACAUGUACAAUUGCCGGGUUACUCGCCACGGUUUCUAGCGAAGCCUCUGUUCUUUUCGUUUUUCUGAUAACAGUUGAAAGGUUUAUAGUAUUAAAAUAUCCGUUUUCUUUGGCACUCCUUGAAAGGAAGAAAAGUACUCUCUGUGUUGCAAUACUUGUAUGGAUAACUGCCAUCGCACUAGCAGCGGUUCCUCUGUCCGUCUACCCUGACUUUUACAGUAGAUCUACUGUAUGUAUAUCUCUCCCUUUGACAGCCGAGAGGGUACAAGGUUGGGAAUAUUCCACUUUUGUUUUCAUCGGAUUUAAUAUGCUGAUUUUUAUAGCCGUGGUUCUGGGACAGAUGCUGAUUUAUGUGGAAGUGAAGCGCAUUGGAAAUGCUAUUACGAACGACACGACGAAGAGAGAGAUUGCUGUGUUCAAGUCCCUCUCUUAUGUUGUGUUAUCGGACACUUUUUGCUGGAUUCCCAUCAUACUAAUAGGACUUUUGGCUCAUGGAGGAGUUCAGAUUUCAUCUGAUGUAUAUGCAUGGGUUGUUGUUCUUGUCCUGCCGAUUAAUUCAGCAUUAAAUCCAUUCAUAUACACAUUCAGCAUGAUUUAUAAAAAAACAGUUAUAGCAUGCUAUGCACCAACGGAAGUAGCAGAGGAGGAUGACAAAGACAUCUUUUAUGAGAAAUUGCAAGAACUCAUUGAAACAACACCAAGACACGAUAUUUUAGUUGUUCUUGGCGACCUUAAUGCAAACGUUGGUAAUGAUAACAUUGGAAAGGAGGCAACAAUGGGAAUGCAUGGAAGAGGGGAGAGAAACAAUAAUGGAGAGAGACUUGUCGAGCUGUGUGAAGAAAACAGUCUUGUCAUUGAAGGGACUAUAUUCAAGCAUAGAGAUAUACAUAAACAAACAUGGACAUCUCCAGAUGGUCAUACCAACAAUCAGAUCGACCACAUUAUCAUCAAUAGAAGAUGGAGAGGCUCUUUGCAAGAUGUGAGAGUCAAAAGAGGAGCAGACAUUGACAGUGACUACUCUCUAGUUAUUGCGAAAAUAAAACUCAAAACUCCAAAAAGAGAUAAAGAGAAACUGAAAAGGUGGAAAGAUCAUUUUGAGAAUGUGUUAAACAGAGGCAGUCCCGCAGUUGAGGCCAUUAUUCAACCUGCCAAAGAAUUUCUAGAUAUUGACAUCGAAUCACCUUCUAUUCAAGACGUUUAG